GCAACGAACGCGCACGCUGAAACGAAUUAAUAAAAGUUAAACAUAUUAUGUAAAAUGUAUAUAAGAGUGUAUUAUAUUGUUUUAGUUUUUUCGAGUUUCACAAAUUGUGCAAAUGUUAUUUCGCGCCAAAAUACAUAUUUAAAAAAAGAGUCCCGCGAAAAGUCAAAGACCAUACACGCUCAUGAACAAUUAAUGGACAAUUUGUUUGUAGUCUAUGAUCCUUCUUUUCUUGCGCUGGUGUGGCCGAAAAUAAAAAAUGGUGUACAUUUGAGUUUGGAUAGGUAUUGUUGGACGGAAUUGAGUGUGUUUUUCAGAGAUUAUUUGGAUGGACAUGCUUGGGCAUAUAAAACCGCGGAUGCAUCAGGCAGGUAUUCCGCAUCAUUCUUCACGGGCAACAAGUUCUGGCUGGGGUCGAAGCAACAAUGCCAGAUGUUGAACGAUGCGUAUGAGUCGCAUGAACAAGAUGAGACAUGGGGAGAGUUUUACAACAGGGACUACCUCAAGACGUUGCUCAAGGGGGACACAAAUUUUGGGCGGAACCAGCAGGACUGGCACGCGCUGGUCCAGCGGGACGAGCUGGUGCGGCGACUGGUGCGCGCGGACAACGCGCCGCCCUUCACCCUCGCAUACUCCGUGCUGCAGCUGCAGCUCAACCUCACCAGCCUGGCUUUGGCUAAGUCAUACGAUGUGACGCUGGGGGUCUGUCUGCCAAGAUCCUGCGCAUCUGAAGACAUUGUCUCAAUUAUAAACUUCUCGAUCAUGCUGAACGACCACUUGAAGUACAACAACUCUCUCACCAGAUCGAUUAAAAUCACUUCUAUUAGAGAAAUACAAGGUUACGACAUUAAAGACGACGUGGUCGCCGUCCUGACCAUCCUCAUAACAAUAACUUUCAUCCUCCUAUCUGUAAUAGCCACAUUGGUAGAUCUCGAUGUAUUCGCAUUAAAACAUCAAACUUUAAACCUAAAUAAACCUAACAAUAACGUUGAAACAACGAAAACAAUCACACGGCCAGUUAUAGUAGACGCUGUAAUGAAGAACGCGAAUAAUGCUGGAACGCUAAAACUAUGCGAUGCAAAACUGCCUCCUUCGAUUACGCUGGGCGUAGUAAACAUGGAGGGGACCGGGAACUGCAGGCGAUGCGGGAAAUACAGGAAGCAGUGCGCUAUAUCGAGACAGUUCGAUAACUUCCCGCCGUGUCCGCGGAUGAAGUUCAACUCGUGCGCAAGCUCCAACGCGGAGAUCAAGAAAACUAACGGGCUCGUGAAGGAUCUGCUGCUUAGUUUCUCGAUAAAGCACAGCUGGAUGAGGGUGUUCAAUACCAACAUGGCGAACAAGGAUCUCGCGGUGAUACACGCUGUCAAAAUUGUCGCCACCUUUUGGAUCAUUUUCAUACACGUAGCUGUCGCUGUUAGCUACGUUUCGAAUAGCGGCGAUGUCAAUGAUCCUGGUAAUAUGUAUUACAAUAUAAUGGCAACAGGGACACUCGCGUUUGAUGCUCUUUUCUUUGUAAGCGGUAUAUUCAGCGCGCACCACUUUUUCUACCUGAAGGGGCGCUACAGCAGCGAGGAGGUGCUGCGCUGUUCGGGGCCGUGCGGGCAGCUCUCGCAGCUCAUCUGUUUCAUCAUCAAUCGAGCUAUCCGGCUGCUCCCUCCCUACGUGUUCGCGAUAUUCAUAUCAUCGGUGGCGUCCCGCGCGGGGCGCUCGGGCUCCGCGCUCGGGGGCGGCGCCCCCGACACGUGCCACCAGCACUGGUGGCGGAACUUGUUGUAUGUCACCAACUUGUACCCGAGGGAGGAACAGUGCAUGCAAGUGUCGUGGUACCUGUCGAGCGAGGCGCAGCUGCACGCGGGCGGCGCGGCGCUGAGCGCGGCGCUGGCGGCGCGCGAGCGGCCCGCGCUGGCGCUCGCCGCGCUGCUGCUGCUCGCCGCCCCCGCGCUCGACCUGCUCACCCCCCGCGGUACUCUCCUCCGUGAGGGGUACGCAUGGGAGGGGCACGUGUGGAGUCACGCGGCGCCCUACUUGCUGGGGGUGCUCACAGGCUGGCUCGUGCACCGUAUAGACGGCCUGCUCACUGUACCUAAGAUGUGGUCAAUAUCGCUGUGGGUGUGGUCGUUUUGUGCGGCGCUCGGCUCGUGCGCGCUGCCGUGGGUGGAGGUGUGGGGGGCGUGGGGUGCGGGGGCUGCGGGGGCUGCGGGCGGAGCGGGGGCCGAGUGGGUCACCGCGUGGCUACAUCUGCUGUGGCCCGCUGCGGGGAUCUGGCCAGCUGUGGUUUGCUCAACGAAGUACGCGUACCGCACGCGGCAGCUGCUGGACAGCCGCGCGUGGUGCGGCGCGAGCCGGCUGUGCUACGGCGCGCUGCUGCUGCACGGCGCCGCCGCCAGCGCGCUGCUCGCCGCCGACACCGCGCUCUGCGCCUCCUUCUCCUGCCUCCUAUGUUACUACCUGGGCGUGACGGCGGCAACGCUGGGUGGCGCGUUCUGUCUGUGCGUGUUGGUGGAGAUGCCGACCUGCUCCUUCCUCACCAGGCUCUCCGACUAUGUGUACCGAUAG